AUGCCUACACGACUACAGCCCCUCUUCUUGGUCGUUGACGCUGGCGGGACCAAGACCGCCGCGGCCAUUGCGGGCGCGGACGGGACAGUGUUUGGCGAGGGAGUUGCUGGCGGUGCCAACAUGGCCGAGCUGGGCCUCGAGACGGCCGUGACAGAAAUCCUGCGUGCCGUCAACGCCGCCGUCCUCGCCACCACUGGCGCUGCCAAGGAUACAGCCUCUGCGUCCGUUGGCUCGGCAGCGCCAUACGCAUGUCCGCUCGAGUUCCAGGCUGCGUGGAUCGGGGCAUCUGGUUGUGAUUCGGAUCUCGACGUCGAGCGGCUCACUGCGCGACUCGCGCCGGCCUUCCGCAAUGGCGUGACAGUCAUGAACGACGCUCUGCUCUUAUCGGUCCUCCUACGCCUCCGCAGCCAGAAGCAAGAAUCCCGAGCGCCAGCACCAGAAGCAGCGUCAGCAUCUGGCGUCAACGUCAACGUCGACGGCAACGGCAGUGGCAGCAGCACAGGAACGCCGUGGCUCGCGGCCGUUGUGGCUGGAACAGGGUCGAUCGUGCUCGGCAUUGACGGCCAGGCCGGCCAGUUCGGCAAACGUGGCGGCCACGGCUACCUGUUCGGCGACGUGGGCAGCGCGUACCACCUGGGUCUCGUCGCGAUCCGCAUGGCCGCCGACGACUAUGACGAAGGGACCGAAGUGCCCGGCGGGCUCGCGGCGCUGUUGAGAAAGCGGUUUGGCGUGGACAGCACCGCAGAUGUACCUGCACGUUGUCACGACGUGCCGCCCGACAUGGACCCAGUCUCGGCCUCAAACGAGCGCAAGCUGCGCAUAGCGGCCCUGUCCCCCGCCGUCCUCUCCCUGUCGGGGACGUGCCCGCUCGCCGCCCGCGUCGUGCGCGAGGUGGCCCGCGGCCUCGCCACCGACAUUGCCUCAAUUGCGCGUGCCGCUCAGAAAUGGGGCCACAGUGCUGCCCGGGGUGGGCUGGCCAUCACGGGCGGCCUCGGCGUCCAGCCGCUGUACGUCGCGGCCGUGGUCGCUGAGCUUGCAGAGCUCGGCGUGCGGUUCGAGUGGGUCGAGAGUGUGGAGGCUCCGGCUAGGCAGUGUGCUGUUGCGCUUGGCCAGUGUCACACGGUGUAG